CAGUUGUAACUCGUGUGUAGAAGAAGGAACUUUUUUAAAUAAUCGUAUGUCAUAUUCAGGUAUAAAUUCUGAAUUAAGAACAAAUGAAUCAUUUCGUAGUAAAAAAGAUGAAGAUUAUCAUAAAGGUACCAGCCCUUUAGAAAUGUUUCCCGAUUUAAACAUAACAGAUGCUGUAUUGUUAGAAUAUAUGCAUUGUGUGUGCUUAGGUGUGAUGAAGCGAUUACUAAUAUUUUGGAAAAAAGGAAAAAAAACAACUCAUUUUAUUAACGAUGAUAUUGCAAAUGAAAUAUCAUCAGACCUUAUACGUUUAAAAUCAUUUUAUCCAAAAGAAUUUAGUCGUUUACCUCGUUCAUUAGAAGAGCUUAAGUUCUGGAAAGCUACGGAAUUUCGUUCAUUUCUACUUUAUUCAGGACUAAUUGUACUCAGAGGAAAACUAAAAAAGUCAUUAUACAAACAUUUUAUGUUGCUACACUGUUCAGUUCGACUACUUAUGUCGGAUGAAACAUGUAUCACCUACAAUGAAUUAGCCAAUAAAAUGUUAAGACAAUUUGUUACUCAAUAUUCAGAUCUAUACGGUGAAGAAUAUAUAACUUAUAAUGUGCAUGGCUUAAUACAUUUAGCUCAAUUUGUAAAAAUGCAUGGUUCAUUAGACAAAUUUAGCGCUUUUAAAUUUGAAAACUGCUUACAAAUUAUUAAAAGUACUUUAAAAAAUUGUAGAUUUCCUCUUCAAGAUGUGUAUAAUAGAUUAAUAGAAUACAAAAAUAUUGAUGUUGCUUCUUUUGUGAAUUACCCAAUUUUAAAAAAAGAAAUUACUUAUGAUCCCCUGUUGUACUGUGAUCCCACUGAUACAUUGUAUGAAGCAAUAGUUUUGGAAAAAUGGAUUAUAAGUACUGUAAAUAAUAAAAAUAUGUAUUUUAUGUUAAAAAAUAAAAAUAUUAUUUGUAUAAAAAAGAUUGUAAGAAAGGCUAUUGGAAAUAUAAUUUUAGAAGUUGUUAAAUUUAACUCAUGGCAAUGUUUAAUGAACCAUUUAAUUCUAGUUUAA